AUGAAUUGGGUAGGCGGAAUUAGGUAAGUUCAAUAGAAGUGUUUUCAAAAAUAUUUAUCAAACCAUUUAAUAUGCGCCUAUUUUUUUUUACAUUUAUUCAUUUCUUUUUUAUUAAAUAACAGGAAUAGAGUUAAACUCAAGCAGGAGAAAAAGCUUCAAAAGGUUACUUUUAUUUUUUGCCAAUUAAGAAGCAUAUUUACCAUCAUACCAUGCAUUGAAUUUUCAUUGAUUUAUGUACAUAAAAGCUGUGAAAAAUAAGAUACACAAACACGAGCCGAAGGCGAGUGCGUGUAUAGCUUAAUAUGUAAAUAAUAUUUGGUGAGAAAAUAAAUUUAAAGUUUUAUAUGUAAACCAGCAAGAUUUUGUAUCAGAUAAACAAGCUUCUAAACCAACUUGACAUGUUCUUAAAUUUCUUUUUCAGGAGUUUUUUGAACGAAAACGAUUACAGAAGAAAUUAAACAUAACUAAUCCUAUUUCUGUAAAUGCAAGUGCGUCCCGUGCGAAUAAUGGAAGGACUCAUCAGUCGAUUAGUCAAGACUUACUUGCACUUCAAGUCAUUAUGCAAACGCAUGAUAAACCAUAUAAAAGUACGUCAUAAAAGUAUUGUUUUCAAUAAAGCCCUGACUGCCCUGCGCUUACUAAUACUAGCAAAUAUUGUUACGUAGUAUCAUUAGUCCUGGUUAUGUUAUUCAACGUUGGCUUGUUUUCCUGAUCAUGUUCCCCGAAGGAGGACAAACCAGGAAACAUUAUUUCCUAGCCAAUAGCCAUGUCUCCCGAAGGUGGACAAACCAGGAAACAUUGUUUCCUAGCCAUGUUUCCCAAAGGUGGGCAAACCAGAAAACAUUGUUUCCCAGCCAUGUUGGACAAACCAGGAAACAUUGUUUCCUAGCCACGUUUCUCGAAGGUGGGUAAACCAGAAGCCAUUAAUAUUGUUUCCUAGACAUGAUUCUUCAAGGUGAACAAAUCAGGAAACAUUGUUUCCUGGCUAUGUUUUUCAAAGGUGGGCAAAUCAAGAACGUGUUUUAUUCAUGCAUCCCUAAUUUUUGUAAUAUUUUCCAGGUAAUAGUGAAAUCCGACAGCCGACAAAAGUCAACCUGGAUCGUCCAAAUCGUCAUCAACCGAAAUUCAAAGAUGAAGAAAUCUUGGACUUACCUUUGCCAUCCUCAGCCAAACCUUCGACAUUGGAAUUCUCUGAAGCCCGUGAUCGAGUACAACAUGACAAAUCUCCCGCUUAUCCUUUCCAUCAGAAAGAGGCAAUUGAAAACACAGCAAAGAAAGUUGGUUCAACGGAACCUGAUUUCAACACCACCGCUUCUGAUUUCCCCCUUGGUAAGGAAAGCUUAAAAACUAACCAAAACAGAACUGUGGACUCUUCCUAUGAAAAACAUACAAAGCAUUCUGCUUUUGACUAUGAUCAGAAACCGACCAAAUAUUCCGAGUAUUCUGAAGGUUUUGAGUUUAAUUCCAAGCAAGACAAAUUUCCUGCAAUGUACUCAUUUCAUCAGAAGAAAGAAACUGAAAACACAAAACGAGAAGCUAAUUCAUACGAUCUUGUUCAGAACGCCGCAACAAAUUUUUCUCCUACUGAGGAAAAUGUGACUUUGAAUGAAUGCAGACCCCCAAAUGGUGAUUCAUUCUAUCAAAUUCGGAGCACGCCUUCCAAAUUUGUCUGCGAUCAAGGCCAAAUCAUGAAGCGUAAGGUCGAUUCAUUCGAGUUGAAUAAUUUUGCGGAUGUAAAACGCACUCGCCAGGGAGAAUUGUUUUUAUCCGAACAAAUUACUUCCACCAUACAUGAAGACAAAGAGAGAUGUCUGAAAAGUGUACGAAGUCUACCAGAGAAACAAAAGCAACCACACCCAACACCUAAAUAUCGUAAUAUUGAAGAACAGGUAAACUGCUAAGUUCCUUGAAAGUCCGUUGUUCAGAGCUCCCUGGGUUAAAUUUAACGUGUUGUUUUGUUUGGGUAUUUCCCUUUAUUUUGAAAAUAAAACCUUAAAUGAUCUAGACAAGAUCUCUGGAAAACCAUUUUCAAGUUAAUGAACACGCUGUGAACCCAGUAAUGUCUGUAAUCUGUGUAAUUGAAGAACGGGUAAACUGCUGAGUUCCUUGAAGGUCCGUUGUUCAAAGCUCCCUGGGUUAAAUUUAACGUGUUGUUUUGUUUUGUUUUGUUUGGGUAUUUCCCUUUAUUUUGAAAAUAAAACCUUAAAUGAUCUAGACAAGAUCCCUGGAAAACCAUUUUCAAGUUUAUGAACACGCUGUGAGCUCAGUAAUGUCUGUAAUCUGUAUUUUAAUAGAGAGGUUCAGAUUUGACUUCCACUACCUCUCACUGGCUUAGUAAACAUCUGAUUGGUUAAUCGGAUAUAUCAAACGCAUCUGAUUGGCUAAUGGUCCCUAAAUGGUAGUGGACGUCAAAUUUGAACCUCACUACUAUUUUAUAGUCUCCGUUUAUUCCUUACGCUGCUCCUGCUCCAUACUCACUGGCUGCUCGAACUAUCACAUACGUCGAUCAGCAGGAUAGUUAUCCAAACUCGCAGAAAUCUGACUACAACCGCUCAACGCCACAAAGAUUGAUACAGCGCAGUCCUCGAUUCAAUCACUAUAACGAUGAUUAUGAGAACUUGGAACAAGCAAUGGAAACUUAUCAGCCAAUCUCACAUAGUGCUAAACACGAAAAAUUGUAAGUGAAAUUGAUAAAAAAUUACAAGGUUAGGAAUGUUACAAGGAAUUAAAACUCUUUACUACCUUUUGUUUCUAGAUUCUUAGCUGGAUGUAUCCAGAGCAACAAGACUAAUAACGACAUCAGACUGAGUACAACUAUGGUAAUUUAUCUUCAUGUUUGUCUUUAAGGUUAAGUUAAUUAAGACAUUAAGACACUUCACCCAGUCAGAACCAUUACCAUCUACAUUACUACCAUCAUCACCAUCAUCACCAUCAUCAUCAUCAACACCACAAUCAUCAUCAUCACUACUGUUAUUACCACCACACAUCAUCAACAUCACACCAUCAUCACCACCACCACAAUUAUUACCACCACCACAACCACGAUCAUCACUGAGGUAAAAUACUGUAGACGACAAAUUCUUCGAAAGAAGACACUGAAUAUAAAUGAUAAAAUUCCAACCGACUCUUCUUUCAUUUAAGGAGAACGAUGACUACCCGUUACCUUCUCCGGCGACAAACGAAAUCACGAUAGAUUGUCUGAACAAAAGUGAUCCUCAAUCAUUUCUAACAGACUUACAUGUACUGGAAGAAAUCAUUCCAGAAAAUAAGCACCAACCUUUCAAAGUAAAUCCUGAUGAUGUCCUGAGGAUAGAAAAUUCAUCUUCACAAUAUGUAGGACAAAUGGAUGAGAAGAUAGUAGAUAAUAAAGAUAAUACAGGAAUCGACGAAGCUAGAUCGGAGGAUCGGAGGAAUUUUAUUACUGUUGCAAAACAGGCCCACGUAGACACGCUAGUCAGGGAAGACAAACAGGUUUUUUACAAAUACGCGAUUCACUAAUCAAGGGGAAUUUACUUGUUAAAGGGAAAACAUUUGACGUAUAGUUAACACAAUAAUAACCCCCUAGUCUCUUGAUCCCUAUUUAGCCCUGUCCUGGAAUUUACUCGUCAAGUGCAAAGUGUUAAUGGUUUAAACGAGAUAUAGAAUUAGUUGAAUUUUUUGCUGGUUAAUCUUUCAGGAUAUCCGGAAUGAGAACAAUCACAAUGAGGAGAAUGUUUCGGCCUCAGAAAGCUGUAGUCCACGUCGGUCAAAGAAUGCAGCUGAAGAAUUGAAAGAGGUAGGUGGAACUACUUGGCAACAGUUACUUCUGGUAGUAUGCAGAUUUCUCCAGGAAUAUAUCUUGGUUGAAACUGGUUAGAUUGAAUAGUUAGAGCGUUCAACUUAACAUUUUAUACGACAUUCUUCAUAGGUUAUGGCAGUACAACAAUACGAAAGUAGUCAAGAGAGUUUAUACUACUCCAGUUGGUCCUCGAGUGCAUCAGGUAUGUAGCCUUCAAUUUCGUAUUUGAAUUGGGUAUAUCAUAGGCUAGUAUUAUUGUAUUGUGUUAAGCGAUUUCAAUUUUUGCCUCAUGUAUUAUUGUAUAUUAAUACUUGAUUUAUAUUUCAUAGAAAUUGAAGACAACCAGAAACAUGUAGCUACCAAAUCUGGGAAAUUGUCCUCAAAAUAUUCGAAAGAGGUAAGAAAUUAUAGCGGAGAUUAAAUAAUUGCACAGCAAACCACGGCACAAUAAGGUAUCGCACAGUACAGAAUAUAACCAAGGUUAUCUUUUAUAAUUCUUUAGGUUAAACAGACCAACCCAAAAGAACCAAUUCAGACCACCAGUUCACAAGACCUGCCAAGCACUUCAACGUCAGAACAGCUACAAAACAACGGUCAGAAUCAAGUCUACACCCUCGGCUUAUCAAACGGCCUCAAGCAUCUCUCCAAAACCAAAGAACUACCAGCUAGAAAUCCUGAUCAAAAGAGAUCCAACUUAUCGGUGUUUAGAAUCUAUCCCUUGAGCAGAUCGGAAGAAAAAGGUAUACAAACCCUGCCAAUGGAAAGUAAAGGGGCUACAGUAAUCCACAAGUCGGUGGCGGUGCAGUGUGAAAUUUGGAGUACAAAUCCGUUUGGCAAUUUGAGUGAAGACAAGGGAUCCAUUACAGCUCAAAUACAGGACGGCAAAAUUAUGAAGGCAACUUGUCAAGACAGAGAUAUAGAAACACAUUCAAGUGGCGAUUCAGGGCUCCGUGGUGCAAAUACUAGGGCAGAUUGCAAACAAAAUGUUUUGAAAGGUGAUCGAGACAAGAAUACAAAAAUACGCCUAAGUCAUAACUCAGAGCUUCCUGGGGAAAUCUGUGAAACCAACGUUGACCUCAAGCCAUCAAACUAUCUAGUACCGACCCCACCGAUACUUGACAUACAAACUAACUGUUUAGAAAACACCAUUGUGAGAAACGAUCCAGCUUUCUUGGAAACCACGAAAGAACCCAAGAGGAAAAGAAGCAACCACCUCCUUCAACCUGUUGGUUACUCUGCAGAGAACAUCAUACCAGAUACACCACUUAUUUUGACAGAAAACACCGAUACUCAUGUAAUCUAUGAAAAUAAAUUUAGUGGUAUCAGUACGAACACUCCAGCAAACACUAUAAUCACGGAUGUCCAAAGUAUUGAUCCAGUGAUAACAGAACAGAACAUAGUAGAAACUAAUUCGAAUGCAUCAUCAGUUGAAACCACCACAAAAAUAGCCGACUCUGAAAACAAAAUUAAAACACUUAGCCCUCAGCAAAAAAUUAUGCCAAAUAUUUCAAAUGCAGAUGUCCAAAGUGGUGACAUGGUAAGACCAGGACACAGUUCAACUCAGGACAAAAUAGAAAAAGUUGCCUCUUCAGUUGAAACCAGCACAGAAAUAACCACAUCAGAGAGCAAGGUAAAAACACUUAGCUCUCUUCAUGCUGAUAAAACUACCAUAGCUACUGGUCAAACAGAUAAAACUAUCAACCCUUAUGGUGAACCAGGUCAAAAUACAAACCCUAAUGGUGAAACAGAUACACCUACCACACUUUAUGGUGAAAGGGAUAAAACAACCAUGCCUCAUGGUGAAACAGAUAAAACUACCACAGAUACUGUACAAAACUGGGAAGGUUUACUGGACACCAUUCCCAAUCCAAAUUCGCGACAACACGACAGUGAUUAA